AUGCGGUCACAAAUAUUUUCUUUGAAAAACGCUUUUUCAUAUAUUGAAUUCUCAAAUGUCGUCUGUACUUCCCUUGAUAAGGAGUUCACUGAUUUUGACUAUUGUUACUUAAAGGCUAUAAAUCGUUCAUAUAAAUACAUUUCCGUAAAGGUAAAGUUAUAUGUGUUACCAAUAACAAAUGUGACGGUAAGGUACGCUUUAUUAAAAAAAGCAAAUGGUUACAAACCUUUUUUGUACAAUAAAACGAUUAAUGCUUGCAGUUUUCUAAAGAAUCGUAAACAUCCAGUACAUAUAUUCAUGCACGAUCUAAUCAAAGAACGUUCAAAUAUGAACCAUACUUGCCCGUUCGAUCAUGACUUAAUUAUCGAUAAACUGGAUUCCCAAUACUUUAAUGAUAAGCUUAUGCUUCUACCAUUUCCGCCUGGAGAAUAUGCAAUAUUUACAACAUGGAGUGCUUAUAAUAUUCCACGAGCUAAUUUUAAUGUGUAUGUAAGAGUGCCCUAA